UCCAGAAAGUACCAGAAGGUAGGAUCCUGAUAAUUGGGUCAGUGAAGAGCAAACAUAGAUGUUGGGGAAGUCCCCUCCUCUGAUCCUGGCUUAAGGCCAGACCUCCCAGGAGUUAGUGAACUUUGGUUCAGCUCUACGGGAGGAAAGAGUGGUUAGAUGUGCCCUGGAUUGGUGGAGGAAAAGUACUGUGAUUGAAAAUACUGUGAGGGGACAAGAGGACCUUCGGCUACUGGCAGGUGACCCUGGGGGUGUCCGGGUCAUCCACUUCUGGACACGGAGAACAGGAUCCUGAUGAUGAAGUGGCCACCAGAGACUCCCAUCUUCAACCAGAGAUUGUCUUAAUGUCUCAGAAGCUCGGGUCAGGACUGAACAAAUAGACCCUCUUCCCAGACCAUAUAAGAAAAACGGAGGAAUCAUGUCCAUGAUCGCAGCUUUCUACAGCAACAAGUCUGUCCUCAUCACAGGGGCCACAGGCUUCCUAGGCAAGGUGCUGAUGGAGAAGUUGUUCCGCACCAGCCCCCAUUUGAAAGUUAUUUACAUCCUUGUGAGACCCAAGUCUGGACAAACACUGCAGGAGAGGGUUUUCCAGAUCCUCAACAGUAAGCUGUUUGAGAAAGUCAAAGAAGUCUGUCCAAAUGUGCAUGAGAAAAUCAGACCCAUCUCUGCAGACCUCAACCAGCGUGACUUCGCCAUCAGCAAGGAGGACAUGCAGGAACUUCUGUCUUGCACCAAUAUUAUCUUCCACUGUGCAGCCACUGUGCGUUUUGAUGCACAUCUGAGAGAAGCUGUGCAGCUGAAUGUCAUCGCCACCCAGCAGCUCCUGCUAAUGGCCAGCCAGAUGCCAAAGCUUGAAGCCUUCAUCCACAUCUCUACUGCCUUUUCUAACUGCAAUCUGAGCCACAUAGAUGAGGUCAUCUACCCAUGCCCUGUGGAGCCAAGGAAGAUCAUUGACUCCAUGGAGUGGUUAGACGACUCUAUCAUUGAUGAGAUCACCCCCAAGCUGAUCGGGGACCGACCCAAUACCUAUACCUACACCAAAGCCUUGGGAGAGAUGGUGGUACAGCAGGAAAGUGGGAACCUGAAUGUGGCCAUUGUCAGGCCAUCCAUAGUGGGAGCAACCUGGCAGGAGCCUUUCCCGGGUUGGGUUGAUAAUUUAAAUGGACCCAGCGGACUCAUUAUUGCGGCGGGGAAAGGAUUUCUUCGGUCCAUAAAAGCUACUCCCAUGGCAGUGGCAGACUUGAUUCCAGUUGACACAGUUGUCAACCUCACCAUAGCAGUAGGAUGGUAUACUGCAGUUCACAGACCUAAAUCAACAUUAAUCUACCAUUCCACAUCUGGUAAUCUCAAUCCGUGUAAUUGGUAUAAAAUGGGAUUACAGGUCUUGGCAACCAUUGAAAAGAUCCCAUUUGAGAGUGCUUUCAGAAGGCCAAAUGCUGACUUCACCACCAACAACUUCACCACCCAGUAUUGGAACGCUGUCAGUCAUCGGGCCCCAGCCAUCAUCUACGACUUCUAUCUGAGGCUCACUGGAAGGAAACCCAGGAUGCUGAAGCUCAUGAACCGGCUCCUGAGAACCAUCUCCAUGUUGGAGUAUUUCAUCAACCACAGUUGGGAAUGGAGCACAAACAACACAGAGAUGCUUCUGUCAGAGCUGAGUCCUGAAGAUCAGAGAGUAUUCAACUUUGAUGUGCGCCAGUUGAACUGGCUUGAAUACAUUGAAAAUUACGUUUUGGGAGUUAAGAAGUAUCUACUGAAAGAGGAUCUGGCUGGUAUCCCCAAAGCAAAGCAACACCUAAAAAGGCUCCGGAACAUUCACUACCUCUUUAACACUGCCCUGUUUCUUAUCGUCUGGCGCCUCCUCAUCGCAAGGUCUCAGAUGGCUCGGAACAUCUGGUUCUUCAUUGUGAGCUUCUGUUACAAGUUCAUCUCCUACUUUAGGGCCUCCAGCACACUCAAGGUCUAAUUAAGAACAUUCCACCAGCCCAUCAUCUGGAACCUCAAGAUACCUCUAAGGCAGUAAACUGUGUCUUAAACUAGGAAGUAACAAGAAGCCUCCCAAGCUUCCAGUCAAACUUGCCAUUCCAUCUUCUUUUCUACUUCUUUUCACUGUAUUUUUUAAAAAAAUUUGGCUCCGUGAGGAAAGUCAGCCUCUAACUGCAUACAUUUACAAAAACCUAACUUCCAGAUUGUCUUGACAUCAUCCACUCUACACUAUCACACAUGAAGCAUGAGAGCACCCCUCUUCCUAUACUUUCCCUUCCCCGACACAACUAAUUUCAAUGUACUGAGCACGGAAGAACACAUGGCAGAAGCCAAAGCAUGCUAGAGAAAGGCAGCACUAACCAGGGAGGCAUGCUCAGUAGCAAGGCACAAGUUCCCAACCAUGGUGGAGGAGGGCAGCUCAACAUCCUGACAAUGCCACAGUAGAGUCCUGGUUGAGUUGAGGGGUGGGAGAUGGGAAAAAUAGACUUAUGUCUGCCCUGUUUCUCACUUGUGUCUGUAGCUUACACCAAAUAUGAACUUAAUCACAUGCCCCAGGGAGUCUUACGUACUUAAGUCAAAGUUUAAAGCGUCUUAUGAUUUUGAUAUCCCUUAGUCUAACUCUUUUUAAUCACCAUUGUCCCGAAAACCUGCUUAAGUUUCCUUCUCAUUUAUUGAUAUUGCCAAAGCCCUUCUAUUUAAGUGUACUUCACUCAGACACCAGUUAGCAAGGCUGAUGGGGAGAGGGAAGUUCCCAGACUAGAACUAUGGAAACCCUCCAACCUUUGCCAGUGAGGAAAGCAAAAUUUCAAAUAAAAUUUUAAGUUCUAGUUUUUGUCUUCAUGUGUGGAGCUGGGAAGAGCAUGUUCCUGCAGCACCUGAGGUCCCUCGGACCCCAGUCAUCCCAGUCACAUGUCAAUUGUAUAAUGUACAGAGGUCAAAAACAGAAAGUGAAGUUUUUGCUUAAAUAUUUAAAUACAAAUACAAACCUUUAUACAUUCACAAAUCCUCAUAUUCAAGCCGUCACCCUAGUUUUGCUCAUAUUUGAGAUUUAGACACGCUGGACUGCAGGAUCUCUGCAUGCUAAAAACAUGAAAUAUUUGAGUAAGGUGUUUAGAACCUAAAAAGUAACCACCACACAAAUUGCUAAAAACUACACACAGAUAGUUAACGUGUAUGUUUAUAUCCUGGUGGCUCAAGUGUGCCCAGUACUGAGCGCUCCUUGGCUCCAUGAGGAACAUGUUGAGAGGGCCCUUUCUGGUACUGUUUCUGCAAGUCAGAUUCAGGUCAGGGACUACUCUCCAGGCGGAAAACUCAACUCUGAAACAAAAGCACCCAUGGGUCCCCCAUGUGAGACAUCUGCAAGACACUUCUGAGUCAUGUGAAACACACCAGGUAUGGAUACAAUAAAAAUAGGAACUCAAGAUACAGGAUUGGAUUUUAAAAAGUUCUAAAAAUGUACUACCUUUUGACCAUUGUUUCAUCAAUCCAAGAACUCCAGGGAUUUAAUAUUAAUUUGAACUUCUUAUUAAAUAAAAUUCUGAAUUACCA